UGCGCUUUUACGCGCGGCUCUAGAGACGCAGUGAUCAGAGAUCAGAGCGCUAUGCAGAGCUUCAUUGUCUGAGGGUAUCCAGCCAGAGCUGGCACCGUUGCUGGAAAAUGAUCGUGCUGCUCGGUCUGCUUUGUAUUCUCUGGGGAGAACAGGGUCGGUGUCUGGAGGAGGAUGGAGGAGGUUUCGCCUUCGAUGGAGACAUCCGCCACUUUUCAGUGGCCAACAACACGGUUUAUAUCGCUACAGAGGAGAAGCUGUACCAGCUGAGCCACGACCUGACUCUGAUCCACAGUCUGAGCCUGAGGGGAAUCUUGAUGCCCGGUAAAGAACCGAAGGAUGAUAAGUUUGACCGAGUCUCUGAGAAGACUUUCUGGAACUCAACUUUCAGCAUCAACUUAUUAUUACCAUUUGUUAAGAAUGGCGCUCAAAUCAUCUGCGGUGUGACUGACAAUGAGUGUGGUUACUGCGAGGUUCUGGACCUGAAGAACAUCUCUAACCUUCUGUACAAAGAACACGUCCAGGUGGGGCCACUGAGACGGAACAGCCCGUUCGUAGGUAUUCUGGUGGAUGUCAAGAAGAAUCCAUCUCAGACAGAGACUUAUAUUCUGACCGCGAUGCAGCCCGAAAAGAGCAAGUGCUCUUCUGAUGCUGAGACAGUCAACCUUCAAAAUGCGGAUCACAAAGACCCGACAAGUAUAUUUUCUCUACCUGAUGGACCAGUCACACCUGCGAUCAAAAGUAAAGGCGAUGUGGAGUUUGUGGACGGAUUUCAGAUCAGUUCGAUUAUCUAUCUGCUCUCCAACGUAAGAAGUGGCGCUAACAGCAACAAAGUCCGUCUCAUUUGGCUUGAAGGCGAAACAAGUAAAACCCAAACUCUCAAGUCUCUACGGGGAGCGACUCUCAGUGUCUCUGAUGGUGAAGGCAGCAGACUUCUGGCCUCCUCGGUCAUCCCAGGUGGACAGACGGUUCUUUGGAGCGGAGUGUUCAGUGUGGACGGAGAACAAAGCAACACUGAGCUGGUGGUGUUUGACAUCAGUCCUGAUCUCAGUUUAGACAAAGAUAAGGAUCCAGACUUCUACUAUGUGGAUAGUCCCAACAAGAACCAGCCUAAGACUCUUAAACCAGAGGCAGUUCUCUUCAGGCAGCCCUACAUGACCUCUGUGCUGGCAGUGAGGCAGAAGACAUGGAUGGUUUUCUUCAUUGGUACAGGAGAUGGACAGCUUAUUAAGCUUGCUGUGGACAGGAACUAUCACCCUGCUUGUCCCACGGUGCUCUACAGGGCCAGUGACGACCGCCAAGUGUUUCCCAAAAUACAACUGGAUCCAGUGGAUCAGAAACAUGUCUACGUUCCAUUUAGAAACCAGAUGAAGCGUGUGUCUGUAUCAAAGUGCAGCACGUACACAAAUGUACAGGAGUGUUUGUCUACACAGGAUCCACACUGUGUCUGGUGUGGCUCUAAACAAAGGUGCACAUUUGAAGACGACUGCACAUAUUCUGACUGGUUAUCUAUUCCUGAUGAUUCCACAGAGAAAAUCAUUUCUCACAAAGUUCUAAAGAACCCCAGUGGAGAGAUCACACUAAAGAUCCAGACCCACCUGACUGUCAACUGGACAAAGGAUAACUUUGCCUGUCAAAUCUUUCCAUCACCUAGAGAACGUUGUACACAAAAGUUCCCACAAUGCACCUGCAACCUAUCCCAUGGCUCAAUUCCUGCUGACGGCCUGCAUGUCACUGUAAUGAUGAGACUUGGGAAGACGAACCUUUCAGAGCGUCUGAAGCUAACCAACUGCUCUGACAUCAGUGGACCUCCAACUUCUGUCUUGUGUCAGCAGUGUGUCAGGGCUGGCUGUGGAUGGAACAUAAACAGCUGUUCAUGGUCUAAUGAAGGAGUGGAUAAUGACAGUGUUUGUCAAAAGAUGGAGCCUGGGAUGAACUUUUCUAAGCCAGAAAUCUCCUCCAUCUCUCCCAGUGUUGUGUCUUUCUACGGUAGAAACCAUGCCUUGUUGUCAGGUCAGAACCUCAUUAAUGUGACCAGAGUGAGGAUCCAGACAGACCUGGACUGUACUCCACAAGAAUCUCCUGUAUGGAACAAGACUGGUGUGAGUCUGACGUUCCACAUUCCCACAACAGAAAAGAAAGGUUUUGUCAAGGCAUGCGUUCUACUGCCAGAUGGCAGUUGCCAUGGCAACGCUUUAAUCACCUAUCGAUCAACACCAUCCUGCACAGACAUUGUACCAAGCAGCACCUGGGCCAGUGGGAAGAGGAAGGUCACACUCAUGGGGUCCCACUUGGCGUUUGUGGAAGGAAUCACACACAGCCACGGACAGACCGAAGUCCAACUUCCCACAACCAGCAGCAGUCAGAAACUCUCCUAUGACACACCUGCAGCUUUAAGGCCUCAGACGACUUCUAGCAGCACUUUGUAUUUGAAAGUAGCCAAUCAAUCCUUGGCCUGCUCCACAAAAAUAACCUACUAUCCAGACCCUGUGUUCACCAGCUUCUCACUCACAAGGAUGGGGGAUGGGUCUCGCAUCACCAUACAGAAAAAGGCAGAUAAACUAGAGAUGACAGCAGCAGAGCUGUUAGUGUGGGGUAUUGAAGAAGGAAAGAAAUACCCUUGCAUCAUGGAAGAGAAAGAAACUGACAACCAGACUGACUUUUUCACCUGUGAGAUACAAAGAACAUCCAGCUUUACAUUUCAGCACAUAGAGAUAAAGUAUGGUGGCCAGACAGUGCUGCUAGGUCCUCUGCCUUUAUUUCAUCAGGUCCUUCUGAUAGUGCGUUUGAUGCUGAUACCUUGUGUCAUAGGUGUCUUAGUGUUUAUCUAUCGCUGGCAAAGGAGACGCACCGCUGAGAUGAACAUGCUCUGACCACAGAUGCCUAGCUCUCCAUCCGUCCUCACAAGGAACAAGUUCACCAACUGCCUACACAUUUGUAUUAAACCAACUGCCCACACAUUUGUAUUAAAAAGCUUCUUUAUUUUCAAUUAAUAUUUUUUUAUCAAACACUUUCUUCCUGUCUCUGGUGGUUGAUUUGUAACUUUGUGGUUCAGAUGAGACUUCAGGCAGCCUGCUACCAGCCAAGAUUAAUCUAACACAAUAGUUUGUUUUGGUCUUUUAUCAUUAUGUAUAUUUAUUAUACAGACAUCAGACCACUGAAAUCCUCAUCUCCUCUAAAUCACAACCAGAAAGAAAAUAAACAUAUUUCUCAAAAUCUGGAACUGCUCCAUUAAAGCAUCAGGCCAUUGAAGCUUUCUGAUACUACAGACUAUAAAGGUAGUACAUAUGAAGUCAUUGUAUUUUAGGUGGAAUAUUAAUAUCAGCUCUUUUAGUGACUGUAUUUUAUACAUUUUAUAAACCAUGCAUGAAUAAUGUUAUUUAAACACAAGAAAGGAUGAUUUGACUGCAAUCAAAUAAGUGAUGCUUAAGAGUUGAUCAGUUUCAUGAAGGUUGUUCAGAUGCUUUGGUUUUACAAUACUAAUCUCUGGUUAUUUUAACUUAUACUUACACUGAUACCUCAGUUUAAGUUAACCAGAUAUUUGAUAUGUUAAAACAAGAAUUUUACUUCAUGGCUGUCAACUACAUAAAGAAACAAGGACAAGUCUGACAGCUAAAAAUCAACAGAAGUGUGGUAACCUCUACAGAUACUCAAAUAAACUACCUGCCAAGCCGUCUACUUUAAA